AGAAGCACAAGGGCUUUGCCAAUUCCACCAUAAGUGAAGCUCAUCUUUUCCAUUAGAAAUCAGAGUCAGGAGAUGAAUGUUCCACAAACUCACAUGUCUGCUAGUGGAAGUGUACCGUAAACUUCCAUGUGCAUCACAGAUAAGCUUUAUACCCACAGAAAAUCCCAGGAAGGAGGCUAUAUCUUCAGAUUUAAGAUCAUGGAUGAUAUCCAAGUGAAUGGGCUUGUUAAGCACCCCGAGAUCUCCAUGGUAACAGAGCACAGCGAUACCUCCAAUGUCAAUGCAAAUGCUGGCAGUACAAAAGGCCAGCAGUCAUCACACUGCCCACCAAAGGGGCUCCUUGCCUCAGUCAUCACUAAAGUGGCCAUGGCGCUUGUGCUGUUCGGAGCAGUGUGGUCCAUCACAGAGAAGGAGUGUCUUCCUGGGGGGAAUCUCUUUGGGAUCGUGGUGUUAUUCAUUACUGCCGUCUGCGGGGGAAAGCUCAUGGCUCUCAUCCAGUGCCGCUCUCUUCCCCCUCCCCCCCGCCUCCUUGGAAUGCUGCUGGCUGGUGUCCUCUUACACAAUGUCCCUGUGGUGUCUGAGGCAGUUUACAUUGACUUCAAAUGGUCAGCAUCCCUGAGGAAUACUGCCCUUGCUGUCAUACUGGCCAGAGCUGGGCUGGGACUGGAUGGUGCUGCCUUGAGGAAGCUGAAGGCAGUGUGUGUGCGUGUAGCAGUGGGGCCCUGUACAGUGGAAGCCUGCACUGUAGCAGUAGUCUCUCACUUCCUGAUGAGUCUGCCCUGGAUCUGGAGUUUCCUUUUAGGGUUUGUGCUCAGCGCAGUGUCUCCAGCAGUGGUGGUUCCCUCCAUGCUGCUUCUGCAGAAGGAAGGCUUUGGGGUACAGAAGGGGAUCCCCACGCUGCUUAUGGCGGCGGGGAGCUUUGAUGACAUCCUGGCCAUCACGGGCUUCACCGCCUGCCUGGGCAUGGCCUUUGCCACAGGGGCCACCUGGUACAUUGUACUCAAGUGCAUGCUGGAGGUGAUUGCUGGCCUGAUUGCUGGUGCCCUAAUGGGUUUUCUUCUACGCUUCUUUCCCAGUGAGGAUCAGGGGCAGCUUGUGAUGAGACGUGCCUUCCUACUUUUGGGUCUCUCUGUUCUGGCGGUCUUUGGGAGCCGCAUUGCGGGUUUUUCGGGGACCGGGGGUCUCUGCACCCUGGUCAUGGCCUUCAUCGCUGGACUUAGCUGGCGGGAGUCAAAGGUUCCUGUGGCAGCUGUCGUUGGGAGAUUCUGGGAUGUAUUCCAGCCACUGCUUUUUGGGUUGAUUGGUGCAGAAAUUACAAUUUCCACCCUAGAUCUGAACACUGUGGCACUGGGUCUAGCAGCUCUCAGCACUGGGCUCAUUGUACGAGUUCUGUUCACUUUCACCAUGGUCCUGUUUGCGGGCUUCACUUUCAAGGAGAAGGUCUUCAUCGCCCUGGCUUGGCUCCCAAAGGCAACAGUGCAGGCUGCCAUUGGCUCCACGGCCCUGGACAUGGCCCGAGCUCAGGGGGACGCUAUCCUAGAGAAGUUUGGCAUGGACAUCCUCACAGUGGCAGUGCUGGCCAUCCUCACCACUGCUCCCAUAGGGGCCCUGAGCAUCAGCCUGGGCGGACCACAGCUGCUGCAGAGGUCCACGACCACCUUGCAGGAGAACCCACGCCCAGAAGAAAGUCCAGAAGACCCAGUUGCUGUGCCAUCUGUGACAAGUGACAGUUCAAUCUGACACCAUUGGGACUGCAGAAACCAAGCUACCACACAGCCAGAAGACUUAAAAGCUAAUGAAUAUGAUUUAGCUUCCUGCUACGACAUUCCUGUUUGCUGAAUUGCAUGCUGGGAUGCACUAAUGAUACUGUAAUUUUAAUUACCAUGUGUACAGUAGAUGCACAUUUUACUUUACUGAAAUUGUUUAUGUUUUCUGUGUUCAUUUGAUACACCAGUCUGUGGGACUAAAGCAUUUAAUCAAUGCUCUUGCAGAGUAUGAGCAACAGAGUUUGCAUGCAAGGAUAUUAAGGAGACAAUACCUUAAAAUGUCCUUUUUGCAAUGCAUUAAAUUAAUACAUUUAUUAUUAA